AUGGGAUACCAAUUGUUCACCAACUAUACUUUUUUCUCAGCUUUGACAGAUCGGAUUUCUCUUCAUUAUGCUAUGCCUGGGCAGGCCAUUAUCAUAAACUGUGGCAGUCAAGUCUGCAGUGGAUCCGUUAUUAGCAGCUCUUGGUUUCUCACUGCUGCCCACUGUGUCAGAAACAUGACUCCUGAAGAUUCUGUUGUCAUACUGGGCUUUAGACAUCCUGGGGCACCUCUGAGAGUUGUCAAGGUGUCUAACAUUCUAUUGCAUGAGAGAUUCCGGUUGGUGAAUGGGGCAGCAAAAAAUGAUCUAGCAUUAUUGCUCCUUCAAGAAGUCCAGACACCCCUUCCGAUAUUAGCGCCUUUGGGCCAUAUGAAGAAUCUAAGCAACUCAGAUUGUUGGCUUACUGGACCACAAAUUCUUAAACCAGGACAUACAGAUGAAAAUCCAGAAAUGUUACAGAUUCAGGUUAUGCAAACUUCGACCUGUGCCUAUCUAUACCCUGAUAUAGGUGGUUCUGUUAUUUGCUUCAUUGCUAAGGCCAAAGGUGCUGACACAAUUAUGGAGCCAGUGAGUCCGGGCAGUGCAGCUUUGUGCAGAGAUGUGACUGAAAAUGGCAGAUGGAGACAAGUAGGCUUUGCCAGUGUCAAGGCUCUAGCUACCAUUGUGAGUCCACAUUUCUCCUGGAUCUUAUCAACUUCAGAAAAAUCUGGUUAUCCAAUAAACCAGGCCAUUAUGCCUUGGAUGGAAAAGCCAAAAUCCUCCAGUCUCCUGAAACAAUCAAAUACAUUACCACUUUUGUCAAUACUGAUUGCUGCAGCCCAGACAAUUUUAUAG